AUGCAGAAACCGCUCCAAGGAAUCACCUUCUGCCCGACAGCCUUGCCAGAGGAUGCGUCCCGAAGCGUGUCGCGUAAAGUCGCUAAGCUUGGCGGCGGAUUCUCCAAGGACCUGACCAAGCUUGUCAACGUUCUGGUAGUGGGAAGCGUAGCGACCAACAAGUACCGGUUCGCCGUCCAGAAUCGAGCCGACAUGGCUUUCGUUGGCGUUGAUGCCAUCGACACUAUCUACGAUCUCUGGCUGGCAGGAGACGACAUUAGCAUGGAAUCGCAUUCCAAUUUCUCAGGUAUCAAAAACCCCAGAGAGCGCAUGCUCAGCGUCCUUCGGACACGGCAUCAGCUGGGUGCUCUCAAAGACUUCGUGGUGUUUAUAGGCCGUGUAGGGGAUGACCAGGAGGGAAAGCUGAGCCCCGACUCGCUCGAAAGACUCUGCGUUGAGCAGGGCGUCCAUUCCUGUAACACGCGGCACUUUGUUAAAGAGUCGCACUGGAACCGGCCAACUGUGUUUGUCACAGACUGCUCGCGCGGUGCUCGUGUGGAUGCAGCUAGAUCACAGGGUCUGCCGAUUGUUCACCCCAAAUGGGUCUUAGACUGCCACAACCGGAGCGCUCUGCUGGAUUUUGCAUAUUACCUUCUGGAGAACAACGAGCAUGUUUCGUUUGAAGUGGUCGGCGCUGGCUCAUGCAUGUGUUGGGAUCAAAUAUCCUUUCAACCCAGUUCAGCUGCGGCUAACGCGCACGAAGACGAUUCUAGACUGAGCCAACGUGUAGUUCUGGACAAAUUCGCCUCAGACGGUCACCGACUGUGGAACAGUGUGAUGCACAAAACGAAGAAAAUAUCGCCGGCCGAAACUUUUCCAUUGCCUAACGCUGAGAAAACCAAAGAGCUGCCUGGCUUGUUUCAUGAUAAGCAUUGUUACUUGCUCGGCUUCCCUCAAAAACACAAAGCUGUGCUUCAUAACAUCAUUGUUCGGAAUAGUGGAAGCUGUUAUGACUAUGAGGAUGGUGUACAAGUUCGCGAACCAUCCUAUCUUGUGAUACCUAGUAAUGUCCCGCGUUACACACCUGCCUCCGUUGAUGAACUAUUCACCCAUGUGGUCACUGAGUUUUUUUUUGAGCGGUGCUUGCAUUACAAAAAGCUUCUUAAACCAGAUCCUUGGUGCUCACCAUUCUUUUCAAAUUUCGAAGUGAUUCCUUCCGAUCACUUGCGCCAAAAUCUUACGGUCUCCGAGCCUCUUAAAGUGGCUAUCACGGGCUUUCAAGGAGUCGAACUGUUGCAUAUUACUAAAAUUCUGGAGUACUUAGAACCCUCAGGAUUGAAGUUGAGCCAGAAGCUAAACAAAGAAACCAACGUUUUGAUAAUCAAUCUUGGCGCACUCAACAGCAUUCCAGAGAGCCACCCCUUGUGGAAAAACCAGUAUGCGUCCAUGUUUGGGGAAGGUAAGAAACUCGAGCAAAAUCAAAUUCAUCGAAAUUCUAUGAAGCGAAAAAUCGAAUUUAUUAAACAGAGGCACUCGAUACCAGUUGUUACUGCUGCUUUCAUUCUAGAACUUUUCUCUCGUGUCUCUAAAGCGAAAGCGCAACUAAAAGUGUCUUCAAGAAUACACCUCAAUGAUGUUAAUUGGUGCAUCUCGUGUCCAAAAGGCAAUAAAGAUCAGUUUUAUUGCGACCUUCUGGCAAAAGAAACAGACUCAACUGACAGUGGUCUCGAGAUUGCUUCUAGUGCUAACGAUUGCGUUAACCGUUCUAUCAAGCAAAAUCGGCAAGAAGCACUUGAUAUAUUUCGUAAUGGCCCAACCGUUAAUUCGAAGCGAUCUUUGUAUGAGGAGGGCAUUGAAGCUAGGCACAGUGCUGAGAAAGUCCCCUCUCCGCUCCCAAAGAUUCCAAGGCUGGUACCUACGGAAGCACUAAAACCAGUGCAGAGAUCGUCGAGCUGGGGAAACCUGCUAUCUGAUCAAGCUCGGAAAGUUGACGGGCUACACGAUUCAGAUGUCGAACCCUCGACUGGCGAGAGAGAGUUGCAACAUACACAAGUAACCUACGGCUCACCCAAACAGAUUAAUGACGUGCAAGCCCCUCCGACCAGAAGACUUACUCGUCAGCGCAUGAAAGAAAUCGAUACCUGA